AUGACCUCCCCACCUCCCGGUAUUACUAAAUUCGUCAACGGUUAUUUGCUCCGGAAUGGUGAACUCGUGUCGGGAGAUUUAUGGAUAUCCUCCGAAACAGGCCGGAUCAUCAGUCCUCAGUCUGCCUUCUACUCUCAUCUCAGGGCAGACAGGACAGUGGAUCUCGAGGGAAGAAUACUUGCCCCUGGAUUUAUCGACGUCCAGAUAAAUGGCUCUUACAAUUUCGACUUCUCCACGCCAGAUGCGGAAUUCGCCUCAAAGUUGGCUUCCACGACGAAGCAGAUGAUCAAGAGUGGCCUCACCUCAUUUGUUCCCACGGUUAUCAGCACACGACCGGAUUCUUAUCACGCCGUGCUUCCUCAUCUGGGCCCCUCGGGCAAGGACCGAGAUGCCAGCAAAGGCUGUGAGAGCCUGGGGGCACACAUUGAGGGUCCCUUUCUCUCUCCACUGCGGAAUGGGAUUCACAAUCCGGAGGUUUUGCUGGAAGCGCACUCGUGGGCCGAUAUCGAGGACUGCUAUGGUGCAUCGAACCUUCCAAAUGUCCGAUAUAUCACGGCUGCUCCCGAGCGAGGGGAGAUGAUGUCUUUGAUUCCUGAAUUUGUCUCCCGUGGCAUCGUGUUCUCUGUGGGACACUCUGAUGCCACCUUUGAACAGGCGCAAAGCGCCGUCGCGGCCGGCGCCUCGAUGGUCACGCAUCUCUUUAACGCGAUGCGGCCUUUUGGGCACCGAGAUCCGGGUAUCUUCGGGCUUUUGGGACAAUCGGCGCCUUCGACACCCGUGGCAACGCCUAAGCACAGCCGACCGGCCAGCACGUCCAAUUCCCCUCGAGGCUCUCCCAGCUCAUCAAGACGGUCCACGCCACGCUCCAGCUUGAGCAUCAGCACAUCGAUGUCGGACCUGGAAGCAGAGGCACGGCUGGUACAGCCUUUUUUCGGCCUGAUUGCCGACGGAAUCCAUUUGUCUGCCCAGACCUUGAAAAUCGCAUAUUCGGCUCACCCCGAAGGCGCCAUCCUGGUCACCGACGCACAGAAAUUGGCGGGAUGCCCUGAUGGUGCCUAUGAGUGGCGAGGAGAGGACCGAUUCAUCAAACAAGGAAAGCUGCUCAAGCUCGAAAGCAAUGGGCGCAUUGCGGGCAGCGUGGUCGACUUGAUCGAUUGUGUCAACCACUUCAGACGCUCUACCGGAUGUGGAGCGGCCAAAGCAUUGGAGUGCGUGACGAGCACUCCAGCCAAGAUGCUGGGAGAGAAGAGCAAAGGGAAACUCGACGUUGGUAUGGAUGCAGAUCUCGUCGUUCUCGACGAAGGGCCGGAUGGGGAAUUGAGUGUGCACCAGGUUUGGAAAUUUGGAGUUCAGGUGGCUUGA